UCUAUUGUUUAUUAAUUUUCGUUGAGGGGAGACAUAUAAUAGUCGGUGACUCAUUAUCUAUUUCCGGUUUCACAAAUUCGACCCUUUCUUCAUGUUUAUCGACAUGGUAUUUCGCCUUCAAUCGAUUUAUAUUGGAAAAUUCUUUCGCGGAAAAUUGAAAAUGUAUCUAUGAUAUAUAAUCGUGAAUAACGAUUAUCAACCGAUCAAAUCGACAGUCAUCAAUUGCGAGACUUUAGAAACAAAACUUCGAUUUCGAUUGCAAUUCUGUUUCUAUUGAAAGUUUGAAACCAGGAAAUAAUUAUCUUAUCGUAACAAUGGUGUAAGUAUUGGUUAUGUAAUAAUAAUUACGAUGCAUUAGGCGGAGGAAAAGAUCAAUGGAAAUAAGACUGGUCGAAUCUAAGAAACGAUACGCAGUCGAAAAUAGUUUGUUCAUAGUGCAACUAUUAACAAGUUUUUAUCGAUUGUAAUUAAACACCUCAAAUCCGCACAAUUAAAUUUUUCUACGUUUCUAUUUGUAUCUUCUUCCGAUUAAAAAAUAAGAAAAAAAGAAGAAUAAAGAUACGUUUCAAAUCCCUCUGACAAGAUUCCUUUUUUUCGCCAACUUUUUAGAGAAAAAUUUUGAUACUUUUCGCUGAUCUAACGUCGAAUAAUCUUCGUCGAGAAAGUUUUAUCGUCUUUUAAAAGAGAGUUUAAACGGAAAUAAGUAAUAGAAUGCACAAACUUUCUCUGUCGUUUGCUCUGCUCACUUACGGUGGCUAUUGGAGGCCAACAAAAUGGCCGGCUUCCUCGUACAAAUAUCACCUGUACAACGUUUACUCGGCAUUCAUGAUUUUCCUCUUAUAUUUUAUCACGUUCUGUACUUGCGUGGAUUCGUUGAUCAGCAAAAACUUGAAGACAAUGAGCGAAAAAUUUUCCCUCUGCAUCUCGGUCCUAGGUGUUUCUCUCAAAGUGGCCAACUUGUUCCUUCAACGAGGAAAAAUUAUAAAUAUAAUGGACAGUCUGACGAAGGAGAAUUCCAUUCCAAGGGACGAACAGGAGAAAAUCAUUCAACGAAGAAACGACAAUUACGCAAGAAAACUGACCAUAUACUGCGAGAUUCUGAACGAAUCGGCAGUGUUCUUCGCGACCGUGGGUCAAUAUAAAACAUUCAUAAAUACCAGGACAUUACCCGUAUCCGAUUGGAUACCAUACGACUUAUCCUCGUCAGAAUUGUACACGAUAUCCCUGUUGUAUCAAACAGUUGGACUGUUGAUCUGUGCGAACGCGAGCGUGGGCAACGAGACCCUGAUUGCCGGAUUGAUGAUACAAGCUGGCGUGCAGUUUGACAUAUUUUGUCAUCGAGUACAAAAUCUGUCCUCCCUGUUGACGGUAACAAGAAACAGCAACGUGUCCAGAAAGGAUCUGAGGAUAAGAUACAAUAAGAUUAUUGGGGAUUUGGUUCGACAUCAUCUUGAAGUAUACGAAUUUGUCCGAACGGUGAACACCGUGUUCCAGUACAUGAUUUUUCUACAGUUCUCCAUAAGCUCGGUGGUUUUGUGCCUGAGUAUCUACAAAUUUUCAACGGUAGAUCCGUUGAGCAUGAACUUCGUCUGGAGCGGCUUCUAUUUGUGCUGUAUGCUUAUGCAGGUGUAUUUAUACUGCUGGUUUGGGAACGAGGUGACGUUGAAGAGCAAUAAAGUAAGCGAUGCUAUUUACGAAAUGGAUUGGACGAUACUUCCUUCUAACGUAAUGAAGGAUUUAUUGCUCGUUAUAGCAAGAUCUAAGAAACCGGUGAAAGUAACCAGUGGUCAGAUCUUUACCUUAUCCACGGAAUCCUUUAUGAAAGUUAGUUGAAUAGAGUCGAACAAAUGAUUAAGCUUUGUUGUGUUAUAACGAUUCUAAUCAAUUGUGAAUUGUAGAUCAUGAAAAUGUCAUACUCCUCGUUCAAUAUUUUGAAAAAUUCAACGUUGAAGUAAGAAAAUUCAAUCGUUACUGCU